CUACAACAGCCAAUGAUUAAAUCAUUUCAGUGCUUAUUCUGUACCCAUGGGGCAGGGGUUUCCCAAAAAAUGUUUGUACUUGGCAACUUUUUUCAGCUUGACAUCCCCCCCGCCUUUUUCGACGUGUGGUGUUUUGUUUACACCCACCAGCGUUACUGUCAACAUGAGAAGAUAUCACAUGAAUGAUCCCGUUGACAUGGUGCGGCAGAAUACCGGUCUGAACAAGGGGCAAUGGGCACGUUUCAAUAAGAUUGUGCACGACGAGGGACAGAACCUGUGUGAUCGGCUUGGGAGAUCUUUGACUUGGCCCAAUGUACCCUUCAAUGAGCAAAUUCGUGUUUUGGAGGCGGUAAAUACCCGACUGGUAAGGGAAGGGAUUCCCGAGGUUGAGAUGAGCGCUCUCCGAUGGCGCAUGUCAACCUCUCUGAAGAGGAUAAAGCCCAAGGUCAGCGGCGAGGGAAGCGCGGCCAUCAAUCAAGCAACGGCAUCCUCGAAGAGCCUACCGUACGAUCCAAUACGGGACAGCUAGCCUGUCCAAAAGGCGGGUCAAUGUGUUGUAGUAUUACACACAUUGCACGUACGGCGAGAUGGGGAGAUGUAGAAUGUGUAUGUUUUCAGACAAUAUUGUAUUCAAGAUUAGCGAAUAUAUUUGGUAUCCUA